GGGUCUAUUUAGAAUUUAUUAGUCUCUAUAGUUUGAAAGCUUUUCUCUGAAAUGUUGAGUUCAUUAUUUUUACUUAGAAUUUCUUCCAUGUUGUGGUUCUGAAAUCUCAUGGCAUGCUUAGAAAUGUACAACUCAGAGCAACACAAUCACAAUCACAAUCACAAUCACAAUCAUCAUCAUAAUCAUCAUUGUGCUCCAGUGAGCCCAAGAAUCUCAUUCUCAAACGAUUUUGUGGACACUCAACAAAUCUCGAAGCAAGAAAAAAGCUGUAGAUCAGAAGCACCAGUUUCCUCUGACUUUGAAUUCUCUGUUACAAACUACUCAAUGAUGAGUGCUGAUGAACUUUUCUUCAAGGGAAGGUUGUUGCCAUUCAAAGAUAACAACAAGAAAACUACUCUAAGAGAAGAGCUACUUGUAGAUGAUGAAGAAUGUGAAAGACAAGCUUUUUCUCUUAGGCCUCCAAAAGGGUCUUCUUCUUCUUCUUCUUCUUCUACAAGGUGGAAAGGGUUUUUGGGUCUCAGAAAAAGUCACAUUGGUUCGAAGAAAGUUGUAAAGAAUGAAACUUUUUCUGACACAAGUGUUGAAUCAAGAAGAUCUGGUUUGGUCAAUGACACUGCUAGGCUUAAUAACAUUACUUCACAGGAGAUUUUGAUUGAAGGAGGGUCAAAUUGCAGAGAAUUUGAGUUUGGAUAUAGAGCAAGUUAUUGAAUUUGUUGAUGAUGGUGGGAAUUAGGAUUAAGGUUUUUUUUUUUUCGCAUUUUUUUUCUAGUUCAGCGGAUUUGGAUUAAUCAAGGAGGUGAAUUUAUGUUAUAUUUUAUUUUUUCUCUUGUGAGUAUUCUCUGAUUUCAAUUGAUCUUCCUAGGAAUUAGGAUUUGACUGUUUAUUGUACACAUGAUUAUUAUAUUUGCAGUUGAAACAAAAGCAUCUUUUCUAA